AUGGGAACAGUUUUUUGGGGUGAAAUUGAAGAAAAUACGGAAAAUAUUUGCGGUGUUAUUGAUUACGAUAAGCAUGCAUUCUUUAUAACAUGCACGGAGGAUGAUCCGAUUGAUCGUGAAUAUACGUUGCAUCAAAUUUAUGAUGAUAAAGCACCUGAUACCGUAAUGCAUAUGUUGAUUGCAAGACAUGAUAAAACAAAUGAUCGGAAAAAUACAGCCAUACACCGAACGGUGAAAAUUUUAGAGAUGACUAAAGGUCGCUCUGUACAUUUCCCAAAAUUAAUUUGCUAUGGACGUUUGAAAAAGAUGAUAUUUGGUGAAAAUGGUGAUCAAGAUGCUGAACGCGAUCCGGAAUGGAUUGGACGACCAUGUGCUAUUCUGGAAUAUCAUGCAUCGAUGAUAAGCUCAUUGUUAUCAUUAUCACCUACUGGUACUGUUCCACUGGAUCUAGCAUUGAUCAUUAUGAUGGGAUGUGUUCGAGCGCUUGCAUCACUUCAUCGGCUCGGUUAUGUCCAUCGUCAGGUCUCACCAUACAGCUUUGCAUUUCGUAAUCCAAUCUCUUAUGAUUCGGUGGAAUCACGCAUGUUAAUUAUCGAUGUAAGCUUAGCUUUACCAUGGCCUUGCAAACCACGUGUAUUUGUACCGUUUGUUGGUACAAUUCGGUACAGUUCUGUACGAGCUCAUCGAGGACGUGAACAGGGUCCAUCAGAUGAUAUCAUCUCCUUAAUUUAUAUGAUUGCUGAAAUGAUCUCCGGUAAAUUACCAUGGCGUUCCGUAUUUGAUGAAAAGCGUGUAUGUGAUAUGAAAUGUUUGUUCUAUAAAAAUAUCGAAUUUAAACGACUUCCACGAGAAAUUCGAUCUCUUUACAGAUUAAUGUAUAUGACAUUGUCACCUUAUCCAAUAGAUUAUAAAUUUAUUAUUGAACAAAUUCAAGCAGCUCUAAAACGUCGUUAUCCAAACAACAAACAUGAACUUCCAUCAUGGAUUGCUCUACCAAUUGCUGAAGAAUAA